AUGGCGGUAACAGGCGGAUUCUGCUCAGCAGCGGGAGAAGCCCUCGAGGUCGAGGCCGGGCUCCUGCCCAUCCACCUCCAACUCCAAAAUCACCUUUUCCGACUCGCCCUCUGCGCUCUCUCCGCCCCGCCCUCGCACCCGCUCCAGGUCCGCACCACCGCAGCCCGCCGUCGUCCCGGAACUGCCGCACACCGCUCACCGCUCAACCUAGCCCUCACCAACCCACUCCUCCCGCCCGACCUCGUCGUCGAGACAAUCCACCCCGACCCGACCCCUCCUUGGUCGCCCAACCCCGCUCCCGCGGUCGAAGUCGCGCAAGGAAAGGAAAUUGGGACGCACGAGCAUGAAGAGACCGUUCGCGACCUUCCGCUCGGCUCCCUCCUCGUGUACACCGACAGGUCGAUGGGCGAGUCUGGUGUGGUUGGAGCGGGCGUCGCUGCGAAGCUGUGGGACGGAGGCAAGGUCGUCCUGGCAGAGAAGGCGGAGGUCGAGGUCGAGCUGUGGCAGAGGGAGAGGAAGGGGAUGGGUCAGUGA